CAACGGGCACUCGUGAACAACGGAUGCGUUUGUGGCAUAGCAGUUCGCGGAUUUAAUUGCAGGUGCAGCUGUAUAAAUACAUACUCCCACAUAUGUACAUAUGCGGAGAGUGGUGCCAGCUCACUUGACAAAAUUGCGGCAGUGCGUGUUGAAAUGCGUGUCUAUAGAGUGCGUUCCGCUGGAUAAAUUGGACGCGAAUUCAUUCCGCCGCUGGCGAAAAUCUACAGAAUCUACUUUCGCCAAAAGGUUUUUAUAUAAGAGGCAGGCGCGGGCAUUAUUUUUAAUUUAGCUGUUGAUAUUAUGCAUAAAGCGAAAAGAGAAAACAAACAUCAAAACAGAAAAGAACAGAAGCCGGGGAGAGUGACGAGAAGAAUUGUGCGGCCUGGUUCUAAAAACUUAUAGCCGUCUGGCGAGCGAUUCUUUCGAAUUCUUCCGCUCGGUGUGUGUACGUGUUCAAAUAUUUAUACGUGCACGCGCUGCUCAACGGAUUACCCGUAUUUGUUUUGGUGAAUUUCCACAAGAUGUGCAAUAAUAGUGUAAAUAUGUAGAUACAUUCUGGUAGAUACAUUCGCGUACAUAAACUGUUUCAAUUAUUUUAUUGGCCUGCUCAUGGACAAAGCUCCGCAGAAUUGAAAGUGAAUCAAGUGAUAUGAACUGAGGCGAAAGCCAAAAACCAAUUACCGAACCAAGGAACAUUUGCAAACAGACAAAAUGUCGAAAAAACCACGUGGACACAUACACAAGAUCCGAGAGUUUGAACUGGAAAAGAUCCAGCUUGUGGACGAGUUUGAUAUCAUUCAGAUCGUUGGUGAGGGAUGGUUUGGGAAGAUCUUGCUGGUUGAGCACCGGGGAUCCCAGACGGAGAUGGUCCUGAAAGCCGUACCCAAGCCCUAUGUUACCCUACGAGACUUUUACCGGGAAUUCCACUACGGACUCCAUUUGGGCGUGCACCGGCACAUAGUGACCACCUAUGAUGUGGCCUUUGAGACGGCGGGUUUCUACGUUUUCACCCAGGAAUAUGCUCCACUAGGGGAUCUCACUUCGAAUGUGACCGAUUCGGGCGUGGGCGAAGUUUACAGUAAGCGUGUGGCCAAACAAUUGGCCUCGGCCAUAGACUACAUGCAUUCAAAAGACAUAGUCCAUCGGGAUAUUAAGUUGGAUAAUGUCCUUAUCUAUCGCUCGGACUUCCAGCGCAUCAAGCUCUGCGAUUUCGGCGAGUCAUUUCCCACAGGCUCCACAGUGGAGCGGCGGAACGAGUGGCUGCCCUACAGUCCGCCAGAAGUAUUAGAAAUCAAGCCCGAGGGCAGCUACAAAGCCGAUCCCAGCCACGAUGUCUGGCAGUUUGGCAUCGUGAUCUUUGUGUGCUUAACUGGAUGCUUGCCCUGGCAAAAGGCUGCUUCCGAUGAUCCCCGAUAUGUGCGAUAUUUGGCCUGGCAGGGUGGUCUUAUGAUGAUGCCCCUGCGGCGAACUCCUCGGCUCUUUAAGCUCCUCACCUCGAAUGCCCAGCGCAUGUUCAAGCGCUUCUUUGCCAGGAUCUCCAAUCGUCCAAAGAGCCUGGCCGAUGUGACCAAGUUCCUAGAUGAUCGCUGGCUGGCCAAGACAGCGCAAAAGGAGAUGGCAGAAUAUGAGACCGAUGAGCUGUGUCCCUCCAUGUACUCCUUCCACAGCAGUCCGGAUGAGAAGAAUCGUUUGCUGUACACUUUGGCAGAUUGUGGAAUCGAAACGAACGUGGAUCGCCAACAGAAGAAGAAUCGCAUCAAAGACUGGAUAGAGUCGUCCAUUAUAACAGAGGAGGAUGAGGAAGAGAACGAGGAGACCAAUUCCGCCUCUCCAUCGUCAUCAGUUUCCCGGGAGCCACUGCCCGGCCAUAUCUCAUCACUGCGCAAGCCGGCCAGCCCGCCGGAAAGCUCGAAAGAGAUCAAGGGCACCCUUAAGGAUGCCACCCAGAAGCACUUUGAUCCACGCACGGGGGCUUUGCAGCAGGGCCCCAGCGAAAUGGGCCAAGUGGCCAUGUCGUAUUCCAAGUCCGCCAGUCCCUCCUCCAACUACAGCACCACGGCCUCCACGCUGAACAAUGCCGACAGCCUGCUGACGCUGGGCUCGCGGCAGGAUUUGCUGGCCAGCAACAUGACCAUGUACACCUCCAUGGAGACGGAGCUAAAUCGUCUAGGUGAGGCUGAUCCUCGUCUGAACCAGCGCUCGCUGAGCAGCAAUCCCAUGCUAACCACCUUCGAUGUGAACACCUCUCCCGCCGCCAAGAACUCUAUCGGAGUGGGCACCCGCAACUCCAGCCGGAGCAUCCUCAAGUCCUCAAUCGUAACCGCCGCUUAUCCCGCUUUGGGCGCUUUUAACAUGGGCCAGAGCCACAGCCUGCAACAGCUCAACCAGCACCUCCAGACAUCCACGGGCCUCAAUCCAAAAGACAACUCCUUCUUUAGUCGAUGACAACCGCCGGCUAGCUAGUUACUAAUCCUUGACGCACUUUCAGAGCUUUGCGAUGCCCGGGCCUCGAGCUAUGCUAAUCUCCCGUAUGCUUCUCAAGUUAAAGACAGCGCCUACGGAUCGGCCGAUGUCAGCGAGAUGACGACGAGCAGGAGUCCCCGG